AUGGCGGAGACCACAGAGCAAAAUGUGCAGCCAAGUUCGAUACAACAUCACGAGGUUAUCAGCAGUGAUAUGGACACAACAAAAGAUCCAGAACAUGCUUCUUCUAAGUCCAUGUCAGAAGGACCUGUUGGAAUGGAAAAAACGAAUGUUCCCCAUGGGGAAGUGAUGUCUCUAAAAGAGUGUUGUAGAGAGGCGUUCGAUAAGAUAACCGAGUAUUUGAAAGGGGAACUGGCUGGUAGGUAGAAUCAUAGUUAAUGGAGGUGACUGGUUAUGAAGCCCGGCAAACAUCAAAGGAGUAAACAAAGAUGCCAAGAUUUAUGUUAGAAGGUCCACGACCCUGCACAAUCUUUUGUUUUGCGUUCAUACGUUAUGCAUGAAUUACGUAACCAGCACGUUUCUAUUGGUUAGUUCCUCAGUACGGAGUAAACAACUAUUGUGUUUUGUGCAGGGUCAAGGCCAAAAAAGAGAACAAAAACAUACAACAAAGAACUUUGUCGGGUUUCUUAACCAUUCCCUCUAUUAACUAUGGUAGAAUAAAGCUUGUUGCAUGAGAUAUUUUUGUUUAUUUUAUACGGUGCAAAAUUUAACGAGCAAUUUAGAAUGCUUGGCGUCUUAAAUUAUUCAACUGUAAACUGAUUUGACCAAGUUUCUUGACACUUGAUAAAGCAGAUUUGGUACAGGUCGUGGAAAACCUACCCUGCGAGCAGAGGCCCUUCGAUCUUCCUACUUAUCUAGGAAGAUCGAAGGGCCUCUGCUCGCAGGGUAUGGAAAACCUGGCAAGGCAUGGAAUUUAAGAAUUUCAUUUUCAAGGCCUGGAAAGUGAUGGAAUUUAAUUUUCGGUCCUUGAAAGUCGUGGAAAAUUAAAGUUUUGUUUGGUAGAGUAGUUACUACAGAUGAUAAAGCAAGGAUAGUAUAAGAUGAAGAGGAGUAAUUAAUCAGCGUGAACGACAUGCAGUUUGUGGAUACCAGCCUUGUUUCUGUUUAACUUUUUAAGUCAAAAAUAUGCUAAAACAAGUAAAGUUCUAAAAAUUUUCAAAAGUGACAGCUAAACCUAAGGUCAUGGAAAACUAGAAAUGGUCAUGGAAAAAGUCAUGGAAAGUCAUGGAAUUUGAAGAACUUGAAAAAGUACAAACCCUGUAUUUAAGGCUCCUUUUUUUGUUGUUGCAAAUUUCAGGUUCUCUAGAGGACUACGUUCUUCUAGAAAAAUUGAAUAAAAUGACAGUCACAAAGUACAGUGACAUGUCCAACACUGCCAAGACUCUCAUUACAGCCAUGGAGGAACUGGAUAAGAAAUGUGAGUUAACUGUAUGUAUAUAUGUGUAAGAUUUGUUCAUGUUGGUGAUCACAGCCGUAACAAAAUAGAUCAAAUUUUGUCAUCGUGCAUUGUGCAUAAGAAGCCAAUAAACAUACAUCGAGCCUGUAUUUCAUUGAUGGUGCAUAGAUUGUGUCUUCAUGGUGCCAUCGAGUUUUACCCAUGCUUUCGUCGAGCCUUCAUCAAACGAUGUAUCGUUGAUAUAUCAUUUUCGGAAAACAACUAUGGUGUUGAAAAGAGAAAUAAUGAAUAACAAUAAACAUGGAUAUUUAAACUUGUAAGAAAGGCAGUUUUCUAUUAAUGAAGCUUUAUUUUUCAACUUCAAGGGUUGAAUUUACGAGUGUGUUUUGUUCUAAAGGUGUUAACGUGUUUCUCUCUUUGAGCCUAAAUGAUUAUUGUGCUUAAACUGUGCCUUAAGGAAAAAGGCACAAUGCACAAAUGACAAAGAACAAUAAUUGAACCUCUAUGCACUGUUAUGUAUUGUGCAUUGGCAAUGUGGUGCAUUAAAAAUUAUGGUAUGUUCUAAUGCUAAAAAGGUGUUUUUCAUUUAGUAACCUUGAAAAAUGCAGCAAUAAAUUUUAAGCCUAGGAGAAGCUUUGGUACAUGUGCAUCUCGAAAAGCUUUGUCUAUUCUGAUCUGUAUGGUUUUAUUGUAGAGUUAAGUGAGAUUGAAACUUAAUAAUUUUUGGUAAAUAGUAAGGCAAAAUAGCUUCUUUUAACUACCCUACAUUUUGUUAACAGCAAAAUAAUUUCUUUAAAUCAAAGCUUUAUGCAGAAAGUAUGUUCUCUCUGUAAUACUCAUAAUUUGAUUGCAAAGCAACGUGGCCAAAAAUCAAGUUUUUAUACACGAGUUUAGAGAAACUGUAACAGUAAAUGUAUAGUAAGUCCAUUUUUGACAAAAAAGUGGUCACCAACAUUGUGCAUAUGGCCGUAAUUUGAGAGGCCAGCAAAACGAGAGGACCAAAAACAAAAACAAAAAGAAAAAAAACUUCUAGGCAAAGGAAAGAACCAACAACAAACUCAAUCCAAAUAUUAGACUCUCCUAGGGGGAGUAGGGGGGGGGGGGGGGACAUAUGUCCUUAGCCUGAAUUUCAAAUAUGGUUGUUUUGUGUUUUGUGAAGUAGGCCAUGUCCUUGUUGUUAGUAUUCAAACCAUCUUUAUGUCAUUAUUGUGUCCCUGUUUCGUCUAGUCUUAUUUGGCUGUUUUAAAGCCAUGUUGCCUGUUGGAAUUUUAUUUUGUAGUAAGGUUUUUCAAAAUCUCCUUCACUAUUAUACAGUAGAACCUACCUUACAACCACCCUGUUUAAACAGCCACCUCAUUAACCCAACAGCUUCACCUCAUAAAUACGACCAUAUUCUUUUCCCCCAAAUGUAAAAAGCACUGAGUCAUUUUUUUAAAUUGUUAUUUUGAUAACCCUGUAUAUACGACCAACUCAUUAUUACGACCUGGAUUUUCCAGCCCAAAGAUGGUCGCAUUGAUGGGUUCUAUUGUUUGUAAAUAUACACAUUAUUCUGUAAUAACAAUAAUGUUUGUGCUGUAGUUUUCACAUUUUUAACUCGAAAUAUGCUUUUUUACUACAAAAAAAUUGUUUUCCAUGGCUAAUGUUAAUUUUUUGUAAUAUUUCUAUGAAGAUAAAAGUCUAGAGCCAUAUUUGGAGCAGAUUGACAAAGUGGAAGAAAGUGUUGCCAGCCUUGAACAAGCUGCUUACAGACUUGAUGCGUAUUCCAAGAGAUUAGGUUUGUAUUUUUAAAGAACAAACACUAAGUCUAUUGUCGUGUAUGACUUUGCAAUCAAGAAAACCUGCACUGCAAUAUUUGGAAUACCAGUAAUAAUGUGAAUUACUUUGCAUGUACUUAAUAUGCAACUAAAUGCUCAAACCUUUCACAUAGCUCAGGAUGUUCAUGCUGUAUCUUGGACUAUGUAAGAUUUGAAAAUUUUUUGUUUCAUCAGGUUUGCUGAUGGUCUGAAAUUCCUAGUUAAUGAAGACUUUAUUAAGCAUUAAAAAAAUGCAUCAAAAUUCAAACAGUGAGAACUACCACCAAACAUUAAAAAAAAAGGUAUAAAUAACACAACAAUUAGAAAAGGAGACACAGAUGGACAGACCUGAAGAAGAUUGAAAUGGGUUGCAAUUUUUGGCUUUAAAAACCUGUUGGCUAAUAACUUAGAUGUUUAUUAUAAUGGCUUCCUGUUUGGGGAACUGGAAACAAGUGCAAGACAUACAAUUUGACAAUCAUUUGACAGGGGGCCAAAAAGAGAGAGUUUUUAUUAAUUCACAAAAACAAUAGCACAUCACAAAGGCUUUCCAUGAAAGUGAAAUCAAAUGCGCCAUGUAACUUGGAAAUGUUUAUUUAACAAGCAUUGAUUUAGACACUAACUUCAAACAUGAGCCAAACCAAAUUAAUGCAUAAUGUAUUCAUUGUUGAAAAAUGAGCAUUUUUUUUCCUUUUGAAUUUUGUUUGGCCGAAAUAAAGGUCAGCAUCUGAAUCAAUUUAAUGAGCCUUGUAUUCAACACAAAGUAGUGUUGUCCUAUAACUUAAUAAGGGUGGUAUUUACCGUUUUUAUUGCAGAAGCUAAAUUCAAGAAGCUAGAGAGAAGAUAA